AUGCGUUGUGUCGAAAGUCUUCUCUAUCAAGUUCUGUCAUCAAUUAUCGUACUACAGUUGAAUCAUGCAGUUCACGGCGAGAAAGAUCUCUCGAAAUCGAUAUUGGAUUUCACUACUGGAUUCACCCGUUUUCAUUCAUCACCGGAUGUUGUGGGUCGCCGUUCGCUUGUCUGGUCACCAUUGAGUCUUUACGAGGCAAUGUUAAUGGUUGCCGAAGGUGCUAGUGGAGAAACGUUUACUGAAAUGCAACGAAUCACACAUUUACAAACGAAAGCAGCCGCUCGAGAAUGGUCAACAAGUUAUCUUAGUGAUGUUAAAAAACUUGCGAAAGACAAUCGUCAAUAUAAUAUCUCGGUGAAUAUCGCCAAUCGUUUGUAUGCUGAUAAUGAUUUUGAUUUAGACAAUGAAUUUAAUGAGAAUUUGAAGAAGUUUUAUGAAAGUCAAUUGGAAUUAAUCGAUUUUAGUCAGGCACAGAUGUCAGCCAACAAAAUUAAUCAAUGGAUAUCGAAUCAAACAAAUAAUAUUAUCAAAAAUAUUCUCAAUGCAAGAGAUAUUAAUCCGAUGACCAGUCUAAUGCUCGUCAAUACUUUACAUUUCAAAGCACCAUGGGCGAAACCGUUCGAUUCGGAUAUCACAAGCAAGGAAAAUUUUACAUUGAACACAGGUCGUACAAUUGAAUUGAAAACAAUGCAUUUGACAUCACAUUUCCCCUAUUAUCAUGAUAAAAAACAUCAAUCACAAUGGAUUAAUUUACCCUACAAAGGAAAUAAUCGUUACGUGCUAACACUCGCUCUGCCCGAUAAAGAUAUCGAAUUGCGCGUUUUAGAAAAGAAACUUUUACGUAAUUCCAAGAUUUUAAACAAUAUCUUCUCGACACUUGACAAUCGUACCAUUAGCAAUACACGUGUGCAAUUAGCAUUACCCAAAUUUCGUAUUGAGUCAAAAUUGGACUUUGCUGAACAUUUCAAACGAUUGUAUAAUGUUAAAGCACCGUUCGAUGCCGACAAAGCUGAUUUCAGUUUGAUGAGUUCGGGCCGAUCGAAAGAAUUAUAUAUGUCGAAAAUUUUACAUAAAGCAGUUAUUGAUGUUGAUGAAGCUGGCACGGAAGCAGCCGCUGUUACUGUCGUUCAAAUGCUUUCUCGUUCAGGAAUGAUUUUGCAUGAAGAUCCAGUACGACUAUCAUUUUCAAGACCUUUUCUAUUUUAUUUACGAGAUAUUAACAACAAAGUACCUUUGUUUAUAGGGAGAUUUACUGGAAUGUUUAUGUCAUCCGAAUAA